AUGAAGUACAUUCUUGUCUCUGGAGGUGUCAUCAGCGGCAUUGGGAAGGGCGUAAUUGCGUCUUCUACGGGCCUUCUCCUCAAGACAACCGGUCUAAAGGUCACAUCUAUUAAGAUUGACCCAUAUAUGAAUAUCGAUGCAGGCACAAUGCGUCCUCAGGAGCAUGGUGAGGUCUACGUUCUAAACGACGGAGGAGAAGUGGAUCUAGAUCUGGGCAACUACGAACGUUAUCUGGACAUUACUCUCUCUCGGGAUCAUAAUAUCACUACAGGAAAGAUAUACAAAGAAGUAAUAGAAAAGGAGAGGCGGGGCGACUAUCUUGGCAAGACGGUGCAGAUUGUCCCACACGUCACCAAUGCCAUUCAAGACUGGAUCGAGCGAGUUGCCAAGAUUCCAGUGGACGAUACAAACGAAGAGCCAGACAUUUGCAUCAUCGAACUUGGUGGUACCGUUGGGGACAUCGAGUCGGCUCCCUUCAUCGAGGCAAUGCGACAAUUCCAGUUCCGGGUCGGACACGCCAAUUUUGCCCUGAUCCAUGUCUCUCUGGUUCCAGACAUGCACGGGGAACAAAAAACGAAGCCUACUCAAGCCACUGUCCGCGACUUGCGAGGAUUGGGCUUGAUGCCUGAUCUUGUGGCAUGUCGCGUUCUCGUGGGAGAACCCUUAGGGAUCGAAACCAAGCGGAAGAUAUCCAUGUUCUGUCAUGUUGCAGUUGAUCAAGUCGUUGGCAUACACGACGUCUCCUCGGUUUAUCACGUUCCUCUCUUGCUCAAAAAUCAGGAUAUCAUCAAGUUUCUCCAGAAGCGUCUUGGGCUAGAUUCGGUUUCUGUCAGCAAAGAGCUUCAUGAUAAGGGAGAGAAGCUCAUGAAACGAUGGAAGGAUAUGACAGACGUGAUCGGGAAGAACAAACAUUUGGACGAAGUUUCAAUCGUCCUGGUCGGAAAGUAUACAGAUAUGCCAGACUCAUACAUGUCUGUCGUCAAGUCCCUCGAGCACUCUGCUUCUCGUUGUCGUCGAAAGCUUCGACUAGAGUGGGUCGCUGCUGGUCACCUGGAACCAGACCAUAAGAUUAACAAUCCUGUCCAAUACUAUGAUGGCUGGAGACGAGUCGUGGCCGCACAAGGUAUACUUGUUCCAGGGGGCUUUGGGCAACGCGGAACAGAAGGCAUGCUUCUCGCCAUCAAACGCGCUCGUGAAUACAAGGUCCCCUUCCUUGGCAUCUGCCUAGGUUUCCAAAUGGCCGUCAUAGAAUGGGCAAGGAAUGUCUGCAAACUCGAAGGGGCAACAUCGACCGAGUUUGAUGGUGAGACGCAACACCCUGUUGUGAUCUACAUGCCCGAAAUCUCCAAGACACAUCUUGGAGGGACAAUGAGGCUGGGUUUACGGCCCACUAUUUUCCAACCGGGCAGCGAAGAUUGGAGUAAAUCUAGAAUGCUGUAUGGCGGCAAGGGGACAAUCUGGGAACGCCACCGCCAUCGAUACGAAGUCAACCCCGAGUACAUCGAGCGCCUCACCUCUGCUGGAGAUCUCGAAUUUGUCGGACGAGACGAGAAGGGCGAACGAAUGCAGGUCAUGGAGCUUCGCGAUCAUCCAUAUUUCGUUGGCUUCCAAGCUCAUCCGGAAUUCUGCACGCGACCACUGAAUCCCUCGCCACCGUUUCUGGGCUUUGUCGCAGCUGCGGCAGGAAAUGAAGUGCUGCAGGAGCAGAUCAAGCAACAAAUGGAAAGCUUCAUUCCUCCUCACCCGUCCGGGAUGAUGGCCUCGGAGUCUGCGCUGAAGCAGCUAGGCAAGAAGACAAUGGCGAAUGGAACAGAGGUCGUGGUCAACUCGCCAUAG